CCUAUAAAUUUCAGUUUUGUUACGAGAAAAAGGGUAUUUGUCAUUAAGCUGUUACAAACGUGACCAUAUCUGAAGAAAAAGAACAGAACAGAACAGCGACGACAACAACAUCAACGGUUAUUGACAUGUAAAAGCUGCGAACGCUCAAAUAAACUCUACCUACUCUCCUUCUCCGUCAGCUUUUCUUGCUUUUUUUUUCCGUGUAGUAAGAAAAACUUCCCUUAUAUUCGCAUUUUUCUUUGCCUCGGUUUCUUCGCGGUUGGCCUGUAUAAACUCGAGGUCAGUUUUUUCGUGUACCCAACAAGAAUGGCCAAUACUAUGUUGCACCAAACAGUUGGAACUCUUCAGCUUCUCAGCGAUUCUGGAACUCAUUGCAAAGUUGGGAAUAAUUCAGUAAGGUUGCUUCCCAAAGGUUUUAAGGUGGAAGUUGGGUUCUCAGAAAGAGGGACUUAUAGUUCUGGACAGAGGAAAUUCAGAGUUAUUCAAGCCUCAGCUUCUCAAACCUCUGUUGCUGAUCCUGUUUUAUCUCCCUCAAAUAAUGGCACCCAUGAAUCUCGCAAGAAAUCAAAUGAAGCAGCUUUGAUACUGAUUCGCCACGGUGAGUCUUUAUGGAAUGAGAAGAACCUGUUUACAGGUUGUGUUGAUGUGCCAUUAACCAAGAAGGGAGUAGAAGAGGCAAUUGAAGCUGGCAAAAGAAUCAGCAACAUACCUGUCGACAUGAUAUAUACAUCGGCACUAAUUCGUGCACAGAUGACUGCUAUGUUAGCCAUGACUCAGCACCGCCGCAAGAAGGUGCCAAUUAUCAUGCAUGAUGAGAGUGAGCAAGCAAGGGCAUGGAGUCAAAUAUACAGUGAAGACACCAUAAAGCAAUCAAUUCCUGUUAUAGCAGCUUGGCAAUUGAAUGAAAGAAUGUAUGGAGAAUUGCAAGGUCUCAAUAAACAGGAAACCGCAGAUAGAUUUGGGAAGGAAAAAGUUCACGAGUGGCGUAGAAGUUAUGAUAUACCUCCACCCAAUGGCGAGAGUUUGGAAAUGUGUGCUCAAAGAGCUGUUGCAUAUUUUAAAGAUAAUAUUGAACCCCAACUUCUAUCUGGAAAGAAUGUCAUGAUUGCUGCCCACGGGAAUUCAUUAAGGUCCAUUAUUAUGUAUCUCGACAAAUUAACCUCCCAGGAGGUUAUCAGUUUAGAACUAUCAACUGGGAUACCCAUGCUUUACAUUUUUAAGGAAGGGAAGUUCAUUAGGAGGGGAAGUCCAGUAGCGCCAACAGAGGCUGGAGUCUAUGCUUAUACUAGGAGGUUGGCUCAAUACAGGCAGAAAUUAGAUGAGAUGUUGCAUUGACAUUACCUUUAAGUAUUAGGGGCUUCUCUUUGCAUUAUCAGCUACAUCUAUGACUGUUUUGGUUAUAUAAUGUUGGACCAAUAGCUCAGAAGGUUAGCUACCGUCCCGGUUGAUUUUCAUGUGGAUGCGCUAACCUACUAGUUCCAAGUCCCUGCCCAUGUCGUUAUAAUUCUGGUUAGGUGUCUCUUUCAAAGAUUGUAGGUGUGUCUCUUUCAAAGAUUUUGAACAUUCAAACCCUGUAACAGAAAUACAGAAAUAAGAAAUUUUUUUGUCAGCGUUUACUGUGUUUAAAAUUAUUUCUGUCAUUUGUCCUUUGUAUUGAGAAAAUAUGGACUGAAAAUUUGCUUUCUUAUCGAAUUCUUAGUAUUUUCUGUCA